UUAUCAGCAUUAUCGUUAUGAUCAUCUGCAAUUUAUGUGUUAAUUAUUAUCAUCGUUAUCAUGGUUAUUGUUAUGAUUGCCAUUCUCAUUAUUAUUACUAUCACUUUUAUUAUUCCCGUGCAGUAAGAACUGACUUCUUACAUAACUUUGAUGCCGUGUGGACAUAGUUAUUUCCUCAUCAAGAAUUAAAACUUCAUUACGUUUUUCUGAAUUCAAGUUUGAAUGAAAUAAGACGAAAGCAUCAGCAUGGAAUCGAAAGAAGGCCUCAAGGUGGAACUCCAGUACUCCAAGAACGAGGUUGAGCUGCACAAGAUGAGACUCCAAAGACUUGAGGAGGACCUUGAAGCAGCGAAGGAGAAAAACCAGUCACUUCAAACCCAACUCGCAGCCGAGAACAAGAGCGACAGAAUCGAAGAGCUCGAGCUUCGUCUUCGCGUGAUGGAUGAGCGCCUGAGAGCUGGCCAGCAGGACAAGGAGAAACUCAACAAACAGAUUCUCGAGAUGGAGGCUGAGAGAGACGAGGAGAUCAAGAUUAUUCAGGAUGCCUUGGACGAAGCAGCAGCAGAACGGGAAGAACUCAUCGCCACGUUCGAGAAGGAACUGCAGAACAUGACGACGAUGAACAGCACGCGCGAACAACAGCUGAUGGAGGACUUCGAGUGGAAGCUGAGGGAGAUGGAGAAGGACCACAAGAAGAAACUGGAAGAGAGGGAGAGGAAGGCAGAGGAGAGGAUUAAGACAGUGAGAAAUAUGGUCGAGUCAGAACUGGCCGAUUCCAUCACCAAAGUCGCCGAGGAGAGAAGGAUCGCGGAUGAACAGAUGUGCGAGGUGGGUCACCUGAAGAGCUACGAGGCCGAGGUCAUCCAGCUCCGCGGGGUCACGCACGAGCUGCAGAAGGCCCUGCGAGCUUCGGCGCGGGAGAUGGAGCACCUCAAGAUGCGCGAGAAAAUUUUGGAGGAGGAGGUCCGCGGGCUGAAGAAGGCGGCGGCGACGCAGCCGAACCGACAGUCAGAAUAA